GGAGGAGCAGCACACAGGAGCAAGUGGUGACUGCUUCACAUGUAGCUUCCACGACAACGAGAGGUCUGUGCGGAUACAGUCCGCCGACAGUCUCGCGGAGCUUAACGAUGGACCUUUGCGCAGACUGCAUUUGGCUAGCGGUGAGGUGCACGUUGAAGCGAGCACUCUUGAGCUCGCGCCGCACGCACUGCUGAGGUGAUGAGGGAAGGUAUGAGAGGUUACGAGGAGAAAGGGUCAAUGGUAACCUCGAGAUCGAAGAGCACACGUUAUCCCGAGAGCUGCCAGAUGGAUGCUGUUGGAAAAUGACGGGUUUCGAGCUCCAGAGCUGCGUGUAGGAAUACUGUGGGCUGGAGCGUUGAGGACUGUUCCCCAAUGGAAUGCAGAAAAGACAGCGCAACUGCCGCAGUGAAUGAAGUUGGUUUGUUGAUCCAGUCAUUAACGGAUAAUACUAUCAGUAUACUUCACCAAAAGAGAUAACGAGAUGUAUCAGAAGACAGUAGACCUGUGAACAAACUCUUGUUUAUUUGAACAUCCACGAAAAGGCGCACGGUCACAUUUCAUAUUCUUGUUUUGGUUUGUUGAGCAGUUCUCCAAGCGUCGUGAUCGGUAGCGGUUGGCAGCAGUCCUGAUCCGCGCGGGAUGGUCGAGACGCUGAGCAUCGCCGUCAUCGGAGCGCCUGGAGUCGGGAAAACUUCUAUCAUCCGUCAGUUUAUUUACAAUGACUUCUCCGAGACUUACACCCCCACCCAAACGCGAUACGUGUACAGACCCUCGGUCAUUCUUAACGGUGUUAUGUACGACCUGAAGAUUUUGGAUGUCCCGCCAAUUUCCUCCUUUCCUUCAAGCCCGAGUCAGGAGUGGCUGGAUACGCGGUGUAGAGGGGUCCGCAGCGCAAACACCUACAUUCUAGUUUAUGACAUCUGCUGUGUGGAAAGCUUUGAGUAUGUCAAGAUGAUCCGACAGCAAAUUGUGGAUAACAGAGUGGGCAGCAGUAGUGAAGUGCCCAUCCUGGUGGUGGGCAGUAAGCGGGACCUUCAGCGGCAUCGGUUCACCCAGCGCAGGGCCGUGUCUGUACUGGUGAAGAAGACAUGGAAGUGUGGUUAUGUUGAGUGCUCCGCUAAGUAUAACUGGCAUGUGCUUCUGCUAUUCAAAGAGCUCCUGGGAAUAGCCGUGGCACGAGGACUGCGUCCGAACCACACCUCUAUCCGUCUCCAAGGGGCAUUGCAGAGGAACCGCUGUAAUGUCAUGUGACGGAUAUGUAGCCUUUUUUUUAAUUGAUGCU